AUGGGAAAUGCAGAUAUUGACAAAGCAGAGAUUUUGUUGAAGCUUCCAGAUAUUUUGAAAUCGGAUAAUCUUGGGAAUGUUCACGUAAUUCUCUUGAAGGGCACUGACUCGAGCCAGGUUCCCAUAGUGAGGCUUAUGGAUCUUACUAUUGGAAUCCGUUGCGAUAUUUGUGUAAACAACUUGCUUGUUGUUAUAAAUACAAAGCUUCUCAGUGACUACUCAAACAUAGAUGUAUGUUUUGAUGUGCAUUAUGUGAAAGAAUGCGUACCUGUAACCGGCGCUAGGAGAGGAGAGCAGAAAUGA